AUGCCAGCUGCAUGCAGUAUGGCGAUAGUGCUCAAAACCAUCUGCGCGUCCUUUCGUUGUCAGCGUGGCGACAAUGAGUACGUGGACAUUGCGAGGCUCGUUCGGAGCGCCAAUCGUGGUAGGAAGAGCGCAGCGCUCGAACUAGGCAUCCGCUAUAUCGACGGCAAAGGCGUCCGUCAGAACAGGGAGCUGGCAAUUGACUGGUUGAUCCGUGCCGCGUCCGACGAGGAUUUCCGUUCCUUUAGUGACUUGCCGUUGCAAAGAGAGGCGUCUUACCUACUCGGCACCUGCUACGACAAUGGCGGAGAGGCGUGUUACCUACUCGAAGGCAAAAUCGAAAGCCGGGCUGUCGCGGUACGAUGGUACCGUAAGGCCGCCGAAGGUGGUCACGCAGAGGCGCAGAACAACCUCGGCGAGUGCUACCAUCUUGGCACGGGGAUACAGAAGGACCAUCAGCAGGCCGUUGCGUGGUUCCGCAAGGCCGCCGAACAGGGUUGCGCAGAGGCGCAGAACAACCUCGGCGAGUGCUACCAUCUUGGCACGGGGAUACAGAAGGACCAUCAGCAGGCCGUUGCGUGGUUCCGCAAGGCCGCCGACCGGGGUGACGCAGACGCGCAGAACAACCUCGGCGGGUGCUACGUCAAGGGCGAGGGUGUCCCAAAGGACUUGAACCGGGCUGUCGCGUUGUACCGCAAGGCCGCCGACGAGGGUCACGCCGUGGCCCAGUUAAACGUCGGUUUGGGAUACUUCAACGGUGAGUGGGGCGUAAAGGACGCAGAGCAGGCCGUUACGUGGUUUCGCAAGGCCGCAGACCAGGGUAACGCGUGCGCGCAGUACUGCAUCGGCGUGUACUACAGGUCGGGCGAUGGCGUCGCGAAGGACGUAAAGCAGGCCGUCUCGUGGUACCGCAAGGCCGCCGACCAGGGUGACGCGGCCGCGCAGUGCAGCCUGGGCAUCUGCUACGCCAAGGGCGAGGGCGUCGCGAAGGACGUGAAGCAGGCCGUCGCAUGGUACCGCAAGGCCGCCGCCCAAGGAAACGCAACCGCGCAGUCCAACCUCGCCGAGAUGUACGCCGAAGGGCUGGGAGGAUUACCCCGCGACUUUGCGGAGGCGGCGCGUCUUUAUGAGAUUGCCGCCGGGGACCCCGAAGUACUUUCCGCGAAGCUGUGCCUUGCGUGGCUGCUUUGGACUGGGAACGGGGUGACUCUGGAUCAGGCCCGAUCGCGAGCGUUGUGCGCCGAAGUUCGGGCAACUGAGUAUCAUGCCAAGCGCCUGGAGGAUGUAGUUGCUGCGGGUUCGUUUUGGCCGACAGUUGUGGACUGGUUCGAAGAAGAAAACAUGUAG